CCAGCGUCAGGAUGCGUGUACAAACACAACACAGCCCUCCCUCUGUUUCCUAAACUCAAACAGGUGUUUGUCAGACUGCAUCCUCUGCUGAAGAAUGAACCAUGUUUGAGUGAGAUUGACCGUAUGCUCACAGGAACAUGAGGAAAAGUCUAAUUCAGGUGUUUGGAUUCUUGAUUUCUACUUUUGGCUGGCUGUUUGUGAGCUGCACGCUAGCCAUGGACUACUGGCGAGUCUUCUAUGUAGGCGGCAAAGGCGGCAGCUGGAUGAUCAAGGGGACGUGGUACUGGUCAAACCUGUGGAAGGACUGUGUGGUGGACACCUCGUCCGUCACUAACUGCAGAGACUACGAUGCGCUGUGGGCCGUCACGCCGUAUGUUCAGGGAGUCCGAGGCCUGCUCCUGAUCGGCAUGAGUCUGGGGCUUGUCGCUGCUGUGCUCUGCUUUAUUGGGAUGGACUGCACCUACAUUGGCGGAAGUGAGAAAAACAAAGACAGAAUAUUAGUUUUCGGAGCAGCUUCUCAUUUUGUUGGUGGUGUGUCGGCGCUUGCGGCGUAUUGUUUAUACACAAACAGGGUUGUCAGCACUGCCCUUUCACCCACUGUUGACAGAAGUAUUAUGAGGUAUGGGUUAGGAACUCCAAUAUUCUUUGGAUUGAUUGGAAGUUUCUUCAUAAUUCUUGGAUCUGUAUUAUAUGCUGUGACAAUCAUCCCGACCAGUUCUCUUCUUUCUCUUGUAGAAAGUUGGUAUUUGGCAGAACAGCAGACACCCCUCCAUCAUACGCCCGGCGGACAGCGAGUAAAGCACUGUACACGUCUGCAUACUACGCUCCCUCGAGACAGUCUGUACUUCUCAGCCAAUCGAGCGGCUCUCGCAUCUCCAGGAUGUCACAGGCCAGCGGGGAGAAAAUAUCUCCCAGAGACACAUUUGUGUGAACUUUAGAAACACUUUUAGAAACUUUAGAAAGACUCUGUAACAUUGCGACCAUUAAAAAAACAUGCUACAAUAAAAUCUGUUCUGCGACAUGUCAAUUUUUCAAAUGUAGUAGUGUAAUAAAAAAGUAAAUUCA